AUGGAACAGACAAAUUCUAUAUGGGAUAUCUAUUCCAACGCCAAAAAGCUGCUUCCAUUAUAUCCACGAAUGGAAAAUAGAACCUUAAGAGCAGAAUCCAGAAGAGUUCAAACUGGACGUCAACGUUCCUCCAAAAUGGGUCUCAACAUUGAAAAAGACGGUGAUGUGAUUAUGGAUGAAACAGAUUUUGCCUUAUUAACACCACUUUCGAACUCGGCAACAUCCAGCUCUCCAGGUUAUUCAAAGAAUGCAAUUUCCCAAGGACGUCACUCCUCACAAGUCCCACCUAUAGGUAGCAGCAACACAAAUUAUGUUAACAAUAUUGCUUCUCGUUCAGGAAAGUCCUUAUCUGGAAAUGAUAAUACAAACAAUAUGAUAACUCCUCUCUCUAUGACAUCGGAAAGCCCGAAUAACAUCACCAACACUACUUCCGGUACACUGUCAGCUAGCCAUUCGACUACAAACUUUUCAGAUAAAUCUGAUACUAAACAGACGACUGCAAAUGAAGGGGAAAGUCGCAGUCAAAGUAUAGGAGGUAAGAAUAGUGAACUUUUUAAUGACAUGAGUGUCGCUGAUUUUUUGGACUUUAAACAUGAUUCGGCAUUUUCUUUGACCCUUGACACUGAUAUAAUGAAGGAAAUCGAAAAAAUUACAACCAAACAGCAGAAUCCCGAUACCUUCAAACAUAAAACGUUUACUGCAAAGGCGAUGCCAUCAGUUUCCGCCACUUCAGCAAGCGUUGUGUAUAGACAGCAUUCUAAUUCAGAUGAUGCUAAUUUCAAUAUGUCCGUUUUCAGCAAGGGCCAGAAGGCAAAUUUCUCGAACGAUGGCAUUUCUCCUCAAUCUACGCUUAAGGAUUCAGGAAAUUCUGAUAUUUCACCUUCUUUUUCCAAGGAUAUUUCGGGGAUGCAACAGCCCCAAAAAAGUUUUAACAUACGCUCACUGCCUAAAGCUGAUACAACUACUGAGUCUCAUGAAUUACCGAGUAAAUCAUCGUUGAUCCAAAAGCAAAAGCAAGCUCAGAGUAAGAACACAAAAAAGAACAUUUCUUCUUCGAAGAAUACUAAGGGGAUAACACAAUGUUCCAAUUGCGGUACAACAAAGACACCCCUUUGGAGGAAGGACUCACAGGGAAACACACUCUGUAAUGCAUGCGGAUUAUUCCAAAAACUUCAUGGUACUAUGAGACCACUCUCGUUAAAGACCGACGUUAUCAAGAAGAGAAAUUCUAGAAGACAAUCGCAUCAUAGAAGAGACUCAUCAUCCAAAGAUGAGCAAGAUGUCGUUUCAUUAUCUGCCCCUUCAAGGUCAAAUGGCUUCAAACAAACCCAGUUUCAGAUUGGUGUGGCAAACUCUCUGGGUGUUUCAAAUAGUCCGUCGUCAUUACAAUUUGCCUCUUUUAGGCAACAGGGUAAUAUACAAUCACAGCAACAAAGAACUUCUAGAUUUUCCCACGGCUCAUUGCAGAGACCAAAAAAUGUUCCUAUUCUUCCAAAGCCACCUAAUUAUUCUAAUGCCUCCAUAUCCAUAACUUCCAAUGCGAUUGGAUCGGCAUCACCUCCAGCUACAGGCAACAAUUUUAACAAUUAUUCAACCACGGUUCAACCUCAGGACAUUCCCGAAUUUAAAAGAAGAAAAUCGCUCGCUAAUAUGUAUUCUUCUCAGCCUUCAUCUCCUAUGACUUCUCUUUCUGGAAGCGUGGGAUACUCUCCUUCGGCAUAUUCUCCAAUGAUGAGUGUACCUUCACCAGUCCCUGGAUCCGGUAUACCGUCUUCGAUAACAAGAAAUGAUUCCAUAUCGUCGUUAUCUUCGUAUGGCGUAUACAAAGAUCUCAAUAGCAAAAGGGGUCUUCCAGUUACAUCCGGAAGUUUUAAUAACAGUUUCAACGGCUAUGGAAGCUUUUCAAACCGUAACUCGAUGAGCACGCAAUCUAUUACGAUGAGCACCAACACUUUUAAUAAUGUUCACAACCCGAUGUCGGCGAAUAAUGGAUCAACACAUUUCAGUAAUUUGAGUGCAGGGAUGAAUGCAAUUAGACAGGUAAAGGGUCAUGCAAAUGGUCCAUCGAGCUUAUCCAAAUCGGUGGUAUCAUCUGAUCCUGCAGGUAAUACUUCUACUGGAAAUGCGAAAGCUACUAAUAAUGGAAGCACAUUAAAAGUCAACAUGGAUGAUCUUGAAUGGCUUAAAUUUGACGUUUGA